AUGAACAUUGGAUUUGUAUUUCGAGUAAAUGAGCUUUCUAGCUUUUGCGAAACCAGUGAGCAGGAAAUAACCUACUCUGAUCUGAAGUUUCACACUCCUUCAAAGCAGCAGAGGCAACAAAGACCUACAACUGCAGAGAGGAAAGACUCUCCUCCAUCUUCACCAUGGCUCCUUUCAAUGAUUCUGGGGCUCCUCUGCCUGGCUUUGCUGGUAACUGCAGGGGUUUUGGGUGCCAAGUUUCUCCAGGCUUCCCUUCAAGUGAGAAGACAGAAAGAGGAACUUAUCGAGAAACAGGCUAUUCUGAAAAACUUCACCCAGUUGGAGGAAACCCUGAAAAACUGCACGCAACAAAGAGAUGUUCUCCAAGCCAAUAACACAGAACUCUCAAAAGCUGUGAAAAGGGAAGGAGAUAAAUGCAGCUCUUGCCCUGAGGGCUGGAUACAGUAUAGAGGGACGUGUUACCAUUUUACACAUGAAAGGAGUUCCUGGCAGAAGAGUAGAGAAUACUGCUCGUCUCAGGGCUCCAGACUGCUGAGGAUAGAGAACAAGGAAGAACUGGAUUUCAUAAACAGUCUGGUGUGUUUUCACUGGAUUGGACUAUUCCGUAAGGAGCUGCUACAAGCUGGUGUGGGAGGAUGGCACAGCUUAUUCCACUGACCUGUUCCAAGUAAAAAGAAAGAGCCUGGAGAGAUCCUGUGUACUUCUGAGAGCAGGAGAAGCCUCCUCCGAUAAUUGUACACACAAUAUCGCUGAUUUGUAUGAAGAGAGCUAAUUAGCUGAAGCCUGAGGAUCACAGCAUCCGAGACACACAUCCUGGGAUGUUUCCAAAGACAAAGAGAAAUCACUUCAAUUUCUGUGUUACCAUUCAGACUGAGGGGCUGC